AUGGGGAAGAAUAACAUGGUCACCGACACGCUGUCUCGUCCCCAUAUCCACUCAGUGACCUCCUCAGCCCCAGGGGUCGACUACACGGUGCUGGCGCAGGAACAACAAACAGAUACCGAGACCCCGGCCUAUCGCACCGCCGUUUCAGGACUCCGGCUGGAGGAUGUCCCCGUUGGCCCUACAGCGGUUCGGCUCCUAACAAAUUACCUGGAUUCUAAAGCUGUGGAAAGAUAUGGUCUAUUCAUCUGUCGUAACAAGCCACAUGUUCACUUUAUGGCUGGAAGAGAACAAACUAAGAAGAUCCAUACUGAAAGAGGGUCCUCAUUGUUGGAAGGACGCAUUGUGUCUUUUAAGCAAACCAAUUCAACAAACUAUGUAAGUGAAAGCGACAUUCCUCCAGCUCCUGAGAUUGACCGAUUAAAUAACAAAGUCAAAAUACCUUGGGGAAUUUCAACCAAAAAGGGAAAUGAUGAAAUCCAUAUGUCAAAUGAGACAGCUAAAAUAAAUAAAGAAAGGAAUGCAGGAAAUGACAAGAAACCUGCCAAGAUUCUCAUUGCUAAACUUUCUGUACGCUCUAAAACAUCAGCUGCAUCCUUCAACUAAACAUGUAAAAAGAUUUCAUUCACGGAUGUGCUUCCAAAUGAAAUAAAACAUAGAAGAACAAACUCUGCUGCCACAUCAAUCUCUGAAAAGCAAGAUCUGAACAGCACACCCAGCUUGUUGGUGACAUCCAUGAAACCCUUUGUCACCUGCCCAGCACCUACAGUCGUUCCUUCUUCAAGGGGAAGUCCACAGCAUGGCUCAAUUACUAGCGAAAUAUAUGAUUAAGUUAGAACAGAGAGCCUGUUGUGUGCUGAGAAAAAUCCUAUUAACUUAUCAGUGAAUGAUGAUGGCGAUGCAGCA